CAGUUUAAUUAUUGACAACACAGCAAACUAAUCGAUUUUCACUGUUACGCCACCUGCAACAUUUGUAAUUUAAAAGAUACCUAUUGCGUAGGUAAUGCACUUCUGUCUAUGUAAAAUGUUUUUUAGUUUUUUAUACGUACCUGUCAUCUUAAGUAACAAUAUAAGUUAUAACGGUGAAAAGUUUCCUCUAAAAUAUAUGCGUUCUGAUGCUACACCACCACAGGCUAAAGAUUUAAUUUUUUUUAUCUCAAAACUGAAGAAAACACUUUAUUUAAAUACAAACACACCAAAUACCACAGAUGCUAAUAUUGCCAUUGGUACAUAUUUUGCAACAGCUAUACUUCAAAGAACUCUAUUGGACCACACACAAAAACUCACGAAUAAACAAAAGCGAGCGAUCGUUAACUUAAUAAAUAGAGGCAAAUAUUAUCUAUCUCACUACAUCUACAAUAAUAAACCUUUCGGAAACAGAGAUUUCGAAUUCAGAGUCUCAGCUUUAUAUCAAGACGUUGACAUAUUCUCCCAUUCAAUCAAUGAAUUUAGUGAUAGACGUUUACAAAAAUGGAUUUUGAGCGAUAUAAAUAUGCAUCCGUACAUCGAAAAUCUUGAUGAUAUCUCACUGGAAAAAGAAAUGUAUAUCUAUAUACUUGACAGACUGGACGAUUACAAUAUUAAUAUAAAGAAUUCAGAUUUCUGCAUAUCUAGCAUUUUCGACACUCCACAAGCUAUAAAUAAUAAUGUUACACAAUUCUGCAGAGAUGACUAUUGCAAAUAUUUUCUCUUCAAUGGGCCCUCCAUAGGUUACGCACUCAAUCAUAGGCUCUUAAAUAUAAUGUUACGGCGUAAUUGCCGUCGUUGCCACUUGCAGUCUCCUAAAGAGGACGAUGACAUGAUAGACCAGCUCUGUGCCUUCAUGUAUCGAGAAGUAGUGUAUCUCGCAAGACGGGGAUAUUUUGCACGAGACAUAUUUUUAGAACACGUGGCUCUCUGUGCAAUUAUGGGUUACAAAGAAUUCUUUCGAAUGCACUGGUUCUACAAAGCUACCAGUUGGAUGAACGACGCGGGAUGUAUACAAGAGAAUCGUAAUUUUUUGUUUAACGAGACAAAACAACACAUUGCUAACACUAACGACACUAAAAAAGUUGCCAUGUACACGAAACGUCUGAAACAAAUACUUUUAAACGAAUGCCAUAACCAUGAAAUGACUGUUCUUAGUGUUGUACUUGCUCAUGCUAUACGAUAUACGGCAGAGUUUAUGCCAUACUAAACAUUUUUAUUCAAAAUAUUGAGCUUUUAAUAACAUAAGCAGGCCAGUCAUUUAAUACCCAUAAUUAAUUCCAUUAAACAAUUUUUUGCAUAUUCAAGUGUCAUUGUUAUAAAUUUACAGAGGAGGAGCACUUACGUUGCAUCUAGCGUUUAGACUAAAAAAGUGCAUAGACCAUUCCUAAGCCAGUGUAUAAGUCACUCUCAAACCUUGUAUGUGUACGAGCCAAGGCAGUAUUUUUUUUCUUUCUAUUGAAUGUAAUGGUAAGAAAUAAGGUUAAAUUAAAUAAAUGUUUGCUCGCUCA